CGUUUCGUUUAGUGUUGUACCGCAUUCGUACAUAUAAAACCUUAAACUUCCAACGUGAGGUAAUUUCUCGUUCUUUGUAUCCGGUCAGCCAUAACAACUGUAUACGGACGCUUAACAGAAACUAAGAUGAGGAAAAUUAUGAAAACGGGCAAAAUAGUAAUUGUUCUAAGCGGACGUUACGCUGGUCGUAAGGCGAUCAUUGUAAAAACUGAUGAUGUCGGCACAGCAGAGAAACCUUUCGGACAUGCACUUGUUGCAGGUAUUGACAGAUACCCACGCAAAGUUACAAAGAAAAUGGGUAAAAAUAAGUUGAAGAAGAAAUCCAAGAUCAAGCCAUUCCUGAAAGUUCUUAAUUACAAUCAUUUGAUGCCUACACGCUAUGCCGCUCAUGAUAUUACUUUCGAGAAGCUGUCACCUAAGGAUUUAAAAGAUCCCGCAAAAAGGAAAACACAUCGAUUCCAAACUCGUGUGAAAUUUGAAGCCACGUAUAAAGAGGGUAAGAACAAGUGGUUCUUUCAAAAACUGCGAUUCUAAGUCCAAAAUCUUUUAAGCGUAUGUUCUCUUAUACUAGAAAUAAAAUAAAUAUCUAAAUUUAAAA